CAUCAAGCCGAGCCUUCCGCUCGAAUGCUGUUCCGAUUCUGAUGGGUUCUCCCAGAGAUAAAAGGUGUCUGACGUGUGUGCGAGAACCCCGUUUCUUCACUUAUCGAACAAGUGCAGAUGGAGUAUUCGGCAGUCGAUAUCGCAGCGGUCCUGACUCUGCAGCGAUUAACGGUGCGUCGCUUUCUUAACACGAAUGCAAGAUAACGUACCAUGUUCCACCAGUACCUAUACGUGGCGAUAACGAUGUUCUGGGUCUGUGAUUAUGCUUCUUCAUUUCACAAAGAGUGGAAAUUUCUGCGUCAGUCGCGCUGGACCAAAGUAAAAGUCCUUUAUAUCACUGCACGAUAUCUCCCCUUUCUUCUUCUUGCCAUGUACCUAUAUUUGAACUUCAGCCCCGAGAAUCCCGAUAAAUGCAAGAUAUUGAUCAAUACUUACUCAUGUUUCACCCAGUUGUCACUCACUUGUUCUGAAAGUUUUUUUGUACUCAGAACACGUGCGCUCUGGCACAACAAUAGGAUUGUACUCGUAGGCAUGAUGUCGACCGCUUUUGCUCUGGUCGUAACAUCUGUCGGCAUCCGUUUUACCAUUAUUGCCACCACAUAUGUUACGACUAGCGCAAUACCAGGCGUCCCAGGCUGCUCCUGGAGCUCGAGUAGUAUCCUAUACUUCAUGUUAUUUAUUUUCUUGUUCGUGUUUCAACUGGGACUUGUCUCCCUCACACUCAUACGUGUCAUACAGAGCUGGCGGUCAGCCAAGGGCAAUAUGCACGCCGCCCUUGUGAAGCAUAAUAUAUUCUACUAUGUAUGCGGUCUCAUUCUCUCUGCCGUAAACGUCGUCAUGCCAUUGCUAUUUCCUGAUACCGCAUACUACAUCAUCCUCGAAGAUUUCCAGGUAUGUGUCCUUCGGAUUAUCGCCACGCGCAUGCACCUCCAUCUCUGGCAUCUCGACCAGCACAUGCACAACUCCGAAGCCCUUGUGAAUAUUUCCAUGUCCGACAUGUCACCUGUAGAUAGUACGGUGUAAUAUCUUAUCAUGUGGCUUAUUUAUUGUUGGAGGAAUGGGGUUUGGACUACAAGUUGGGACGCACUUAAUUAUUAGAUAACAAGAAUGCAUUUUUGUCACAUACACAAUACCAUGAUGCUAAAACGAAAUGAUGGA